AUGGCUCCUGGGACAACCUUCCUCAGCAAUGUUUGGUGGCUCAACGACACUGAGGCAGCAGCGGAACACCUCACGCAUGUCAACCACGCCGAACCAGCCAUCAUCCGCGUCGACAACACGACGAUUGUGCCCAAGGAGGAAAACAGGAACACGGUCCGUGUCACCACCAAGGAAUCGGAUGCUUUUGGCAGUUUUAUAUACUAUGGAUGCUCCGUGUGGUUCACCUUCUGGACCCAGGGACCCGUUUGGCCCGAUAGUGGGGAGAUAGAUACCAUCGAAGGCAUUGACCUCCAGCAAGCGAACCAGAUGGCUAUACACACACCCACAGGCUGCAAAACGACGAGCAUGAUCAUGCAAAUCCGUGGAAUCGGCUUCACGAAUUGUGGUGACAAUACCGGAUGCACAGUUCUCGAGACAAAGCCGAACGGCUCCGAUGAGGCCUUCGCGAGCGUUGACGGUGAUGCAGCUUGA